AACCGUGGAGACUUCAAACCACUCUAAACAUACCCCACACUACUGAAUAGGUAUUUCAGAGAAAAGCUGUCAGAGAAGUUUCUCUGCUGCUGUUCUGAUGGUCAGUCAUGGAUGAAGACGACAGCCAAGAUGAGCUGAUCAACCGCAGUACAUCUCACAGCAAAGGGAAGAGAGCUGCGUUGUGGGCCAUUUCAGAUGACUCAGACGACUGUGAGGAGGAGUCAGAGGAGGGAGAAUCUGACAGUGGCGAAGAAGAAGAGGAAGAUCACGUAAAUGGAGAAGAUGAGGAGGAGGAGGAAGAAGAAGAAGAGGAGGAUGGUAGGAGUGACUAUGAGGAAGAGGAGGAAGAUGCUAAGCCCAAGGAUGGGGCUUUUGGGGGAACCUCGACUGACUUUGCAGGGUUGAGCUCAGAUGAGGACUCAGACAAGUGUCCCAUCUGCCUGAACUCAUUUACCAGCCAGCCUGUUGCUACACCAGAGAACUGUGAGCACUACUUCUGUUUCGACUGCAUCCUUGAAUGGGCCAAGAAUGCAAACUCAUGUCCCGUAGACCGGAUCUCCUUUAACAGCGUAUACUUAAGGAAAUGUUUUGGGGGCAAAGUGAAGAAAAUGAUUACGGUGCAAAAGCCUGUGAAGGAAGGUCAAGAAGAAACAGUAGAUGUGGACCUGGAACAAACCAACUGCGAAGUGUGUGGCGGCAGCGACCGGGAGGACCGCCUCUUGCUCUGCGAUGGCUGCGAUGCAGGGUAUCACAUGGAAUGCCUCACGCCUCCUCUUGACUCUGUUCCUGUGGAGGAAUGGUUCUGCCCUGAGUGUGAAGCCAACAACCGUAACUCAAGAGGUUCGGCUGAGGAGGUUAGCGACACAGACAGCCUACCGUCUACUGCUCGUCCUGCCACCAGUCGAUCGCAGGCCCGUGCUGCAGGUCCCACCAGAGCCAUCGCCCGGACCCAGCAGAGCGAGAGAGUUCGAGCUAAUGUCAACCGGCAUCGCAUCACACAGGCACGCACGUCGCAGUUGGCUCCCACGUAUCUGAUCCAGUCCACUUGGCUGGAUGAAACUAUCAACGCUGUGGUGGCUGGGCUCAACACAUCAGUGUAUAUACGGGACUUCACACCUCGUAUCCCAUCUAGCCGCAGACGCAAGACUGGAAGGCGCCGAAAGAUGAGAAGUAAGAAGACUUCUUCCGCUAAAGGUAAAGCGGCAAGCACUGGAGUCAGAAGGAGGAAACGGAAAGUAAGGAGGACUAAAUCCAAGAGGAAGCUGAUGUUGAAAAAGACACUCACUCCACGAAGCCGUAUCGCUAGUAAUCUUGGAAUUGUAAAGGACAAGAAGAGCUCUUCGCUUCCGACAGUGUACCGGCCGUCGGAGCACACGCUAAGCAACAUGCGCGCUGACAUAGGAGCCGCAUCGCUCUCUAUCUAUGGAGAUCCAUUUGAUCUGGAUCCUUUUGUGGAUCGUGAGGAGGACGACCAGCAGGUUCACGUUACAUCGCUGCUGGAGGCCAAAAGACGAGGGAUCUCCCGCUCUGCUCUGCGCUCUCAUCAGCCCGUGGCUCGACCAGUCACUGCGAGCCUUUCCAGGAGGGGUUUGGAUGUCCACCAGUCGGCGGAUGUUGUGGAAGCAGCUCCGGUGCCGGAUCUGCUGGGCAGCAUCUUAUCAGGACAGAGCAUGCUUCUGAUGGACAGCUCCGACGUCGUCAUUAAUCGAGAUGGUUCGCUUAAAGCUACAAAGCCAAUGAUGCCAUCCACUUUAGUGCCAGGUAGCAGCACAAGCAGUAGCUCAGGAGAUACCAGCACCCUCAGCCACCCGGGGAUGUCACCUAGCCUAGGAGACAGCUCUCUGCCUCUUCACCACAACGGAGAUCUGCCGGGAUCCUCCCAUAGCUCUAUGAACAGACAUUUAUCCCAGAGCUCAUCCCGCUUACCCCCGCUUCACACUCAGCCACCUCCUCACUCUGAUUUGCCACCCAGAGGACAUCCAAGUUUGCAGCAACCCCGUCCAAACCGCCCCACCACCUCUCCUGGUCCGUGGGGAACCAACGGAGUCGGAACCCGCAGGGAAGCCACCUCCAUGUCCAGCCACCACACUCCAGACUCCAGUUCUAAGAGCAGAGGAGUUCCUCCAUCACAAUCCCAACCUAAAAAAGCUCCUACAAAGCCCAUGUGGGUAGACGUGUCUGUGCUUCCUAGGAUACCAAAAAUAAAAAGGGAGGGCAGCAGUGUCACAAAUGGUGGCAGUAGUCGAGACAGUAGCAGUAGGGGAAGUAGUAGUCAUUCUGCCGCUGGUAGUAAUGGAUACGGCAUGCCGGACACGAGCAUGAACAGCCUUUCUGGGGACAAAGGAAGGCAGCAAAGUGUCGACCAGCAAAAGGGCCAAUCUGACGGUCAGGCCCAGAGGCACAGGCCCGACGGAGCAAGCUCAUCCUCAGCCUUCUCCAACUCGUUCGCUUCUUCCUCCUCCUCCUCCGCUAGCUCUAACUCCAGCCAGCCUCGGUAUUCCUCAUCUUCCUCAUCCUCAUCAACGGUGAGCUUCCGCAUUAACUCCAGUGGGAACUCCUGGCAUUCGAGACGGCUAACCGUGGCGUCGUCCUCUGCUAGUGGCGGCACAGUACAGGAACGCUGGAGAGAAAAGGAAGACGAAGCCAAAAAGAGACAGUUGCACAGAGAUAAACAAAUGCUGCUGGCAUCACGCACGCCGGUCAGUAAGGAGCAGGAAAAUAAUAUGUACGAUCCCUUUAAUCCUACUCUGUCAGAUUCAAGCAGCUCAGGCGACGAAGCCGAGAGCACGAGCUUAGAUAGCAGCUCUCGGCAAGCCACCAAUGAGAGCAAGGCUUCUAGUUUAGGACGCAAGGAGGGCUUAGUGCAAACCAAACAAGACCGGGUACAGGUGAAAACCGAAACACAGGAAACUGAAAUCUCACAGGAAGAACCAAGGAGAGCUCAGGGAACUAUACCACAGGGGGUCAGAGGCCCUGAGGUCAGUGUAAAGGUUGAGAAAGAAUCAAGAUUAAUAGACGUAAAGACUAAGAAACUAACGUUAUUGCUUGACACUAAAAUUAAGAAAGAACCAGGGUUAGAUGAUGCAGAGGAAUUAGAAAGGUGCGGUUACAAGUCAAAGAGUUAUUCAAAUUCAGAGACGGCAGAAGCCACAUCGGCUGCUCAUCACAGUCUGGAACUGGUAAAGACUGAAAGAGAGCCUCAGGAAGAGGAAAGCGAACCGUGUGCUGGGCCUCUCAAUAGAUCUCUUCUGAACUAUAAGGACGAUUCAUCAGCAUCCAGCUCUGCUACCACCAAGAAGAAACAAAAAGAAGAAACUAAAUCGGAAUCAUCGUCCUGUUCCAAGUCCCCUCUAAGAGAUUUGAGCCAUAAGAAGAAAGCCUCCAAAGACGUGAAGGAGCAACAGUCGAGCAGUUCAGAGACCGACAGAGGCAGAGGAGGUGAUCAACGUGUCUCAGGUCAGGGAGGUAGGCAGAAAGAACGGGACAAGGACAAGGAAAGGAGUUCCAGACGGUCCCGAUCUCGGGAGAGGAGAAGGGCACAUUCAACCUCCGACAGCUCUCAACCCAAUUCCCCCGAUAGGACUCGCAGAAAGAGAGAGCGAUCCCGAUCCCGAUCCAAAGAUGAGACAAGAAGGAGGCGGUCCAGGUCUGGUUCCAGCUCGAGCAGCAGGGAGCGUUCAAGGAGGAAGAAACACAAACAAAGAAGCAAGGAGAGAUACGACGACCGAGAGAAAGACCACGACAGAAGACGAGUCUCGAAGGACAAGAGACGUGGUCGCUCAAAAUCCCAGUCCAAGUCACAUUCUAGGUCCAGAUCUAGAUCCAAGGACCGUAGGCGUGCUCCAUCAAAAUCACGGUCCAGAUCCAGGGAAAGGAGGAAAGAUCACACCAGACCACAGCAUUCAUCUCUGCCCUCCCGAGACAAGGUGGAAUCGCGAUCGAAAGACAAAAGGAGGCACAGGUCUAGAUCCAACUCAAGAGAGAGACGGAGAGAAGAAGCGUCGUCCAAAAGUGUGCAGAAGACUCCAGGGUCGUGUGUUUCAUCCUCCAAAGACGCAAAGCGCUUGCAGGACAAAAAAAAAGAGAAGGAUAUAACUCAAAGCUCCAUCCAAGAGGAAAAAGUAGAUAAAAUAAAAAAGCAGGAGCCGCCCUCCAGUUCCUCUAAAGUCAAAAAGGAAAGCAAAGACCUCGGAGCAGACAACCAGGCCACGUCUACAGAACCGACGAAACCAGUAAAGGCUGGAAAAGAAAUUAAGAAAGAAAAACAAGCAUCUUUUGAUAUGUUUGAAGAUUCUCCUAUUGUUAAACUGAUUAAGAAAGAAGAAAUAGACACUCCUUGUUCGGCAGCGAGCAAAAGCAUAGAUGAGGCAACCAAAGACCCCGUUAAGACGGAGACUUGUGAAAUCAGCAUAACUAAAUCAGAGCCAGGUUCCCCAGAGUUGUGCAGCUUACCUCCUGUCACCUCAGUUUCUACAAUGACCACUCCUGUUAAAACAGAAAACCUCCAGGACACCGUCUCCCAGUCUCACCCGGUGCCGGUCGACUCCGUCAAACAAGAAAACACCGUUGAGUCGACUGUCCCUGUGAAACAAGAAGCUCAGCAACCCUCGGACUCCGACGAUGACUUCAAUGUCGAUGUGAUGCUGGACAACCUGGAUUACGUGAAGUCUGAGAACACGGAGGGGAGCGGAGCAGCCGUCAGCCAGGAGAAAGAAGAAGUGGAGGCGAAGAAUGAGGGAGAGCCGGUGUCGACUUUGGUCGGAGCAAAAUCCAAGACUCAAGUGAAGCGGGUCACGUGGAAUAUUCAGGAGCCUGAGGGGCCUCAACCGGAGAAAUCUGCAAGCAAGCUGGCUCUGUACAAGUUGAAGCUGAAGCAGGAGGGAGUUCGCAGACCCUCGUUAGCACUCCAGGCAUCCAGUCAGGACAUCACUGGAGCUGUUGGUGACUCCCCCAAGAAGGUCGCUGCUGUUGUUCCGCUCAGUGCAUCCUCCAAAUCUGAUGGCGUACAUCCUGGAGAGUUAUCAACCACCGGUCAAGGAGAGGCCGAGGAGGGGGAUUUGUCGAGGAAAGACAAGUAUUUGAAAAAGCUGCAUAUGCAGGAGAGAGCUAUCGAGGAGGUAAAGCUAGCGAUCAAGCCUUUCUAUCAGAGGAGAGACAUCAACAAGGAUGAAUACAAGGAGAUUCUACGCAAAGCUGUCCAGAAGGUGUGCCACAGCAAGAGCGGGGAAAUCAACCCGGUGAAAGUGGGGAAUCUGGUUAAGGCGUACGUGGACAAAUACAAACAUGCUAGGAAACAUAAAAAAGGAGAGGAUUCAGGGAAGGGGCAGGAGGUACAGACUGAGGCAAUGAAAACCUCUGACAGUCCGUGAGGAGGCAGGAACUACAGGCAAGGACAGACACACCCACAUUAAACCCUUGUUCAUAUGCUGUUUUACUUUGUGUCCUACCACUGGGCCUGAUCUCAAACUCCCGUGUGUAAAUGGCAAAUUUGCUAGACUUGCUCCCAGUUUCAAGAUGGAACAUUUUCUAUAAUGUCAAGCUUUCUAUCUUAAUAGUAUUUUGAGGACAAACUUUCUCCAUUGAUGACUUGAACUACACCUGUUGGUGUCUUUUGCUCGGACUGUCACUUUUUUGUGUAGUACAGCUCAGAACCAUUACGGGAGACUUUGAGGCUAUGCCUUAAGGAGGCAAAUCUCAAUCAGGUAGCUUUCUCUACGGG